CCUGCCCAUGUGAGUAUAUGAUCUGCAGGAAUAUGUUUAAGAAAUUUCAGGCAAGAGAGUCUGUAUCAGGGGUAAGUCAAGUUAAGUCAUCUGUCCAGCGUGGGAUAAAAACCAAAUUGGUGGAUCAAUUCCCUCCUAUUGAUGAUUACAUAGCGCAAAUAUUUCCAAAAAAGGAGCCCCUAGUUCUUGUGAAAUGUCAUGAGCAUAUAGAAAUAUUAUCUGUCAACCAAGAGAUUCUUUUCUUCAGACAAAGAGAAGGAGAUUACUUACCAUCUCUUAGACUCUUACACAAAUAUCCAGUCAUUUUACCUUGUCAACAAGUUGACAAAGGAGCAAUCAAAUUUCUACUAAGUGGUGCAAAUGUUAUGUGCAGAGGUUUGACCAGUCCAGGAGCAAAGCUUGCAGACUUGCCAAAGGGAGCAGUAGUUGCAAUAACUGCGGAGGGAAAACAACAUGCUCUAGCAAUAGGAAAAAUGACAAUGUCUGCAGGAGAAAUACGAGAUACAAACAAAGGAAUUGGUAUUGAGGUGAUACACUUCUUGAAUGAUGGACUUUGGCAAAUGAAGCAGUUGGAAAAAUGAUUAUUUAAACAAAUGAUGUGUAUAAAUAUGAAAGUUAAUGGACAUUGUUAAGUGCAAAUGUAAAACCUUCUCAAGAAUGUCUAUAGCAAUAACUUGCAAAGUAAUGUAUGAUAGUAGAGGAGAGAAUCAUUUAAAGCUGUUUUAAUGCACAUGAAUAUCAAUUAAAGAACAAUUUUGUUUUUUUUAACUUA